AUGCCACCAAUAAAAGACAAAUACACUAUCCACUCAAAAGCAAUAGUCUGCCAAGACGUCGAGCUCAAAGGCGAAAUCACAAUCGGCGCAAACACAAUUGUCCACCCCAAAGCCUCCAUCUUUGCCAUAGCCGGACCAAUCUACAUCGGUUCCUCAAAUAUAAUAGAAGAGAACACUGUCAUCGUGAACCGACGUCGUGAACCCAUGCGAAUCGGGGACGACAACCUCAUUGAAAUCGGUGCUCGCGUAGAAUGUCCUUCAAUUGGGGAUGGAAAUACGAUUUGUACGAAAGCGAGGGUACAUCAUACGGUGAGAUUGGGGAGUUAUUGUGUUGUUGGUGUUAGAUGUCUUGUUGCGCUUCCUGAGGAUGAGAGUGUUGAGGAUUAUACGGUUUUCUUUGGACUUGAGGCGGAGAGAAGGAUCUGGAGUGGGCGAGGGAAGGUACAGGAGGCGGAUUUGAGGAAGAAGCAUAUUGAGUAUCUUAAGGAAACGUUGCCGAGGUUUAAUAGACAGAGGAAAGGCGAUGUUACAUGAUGCGGCCAAUUUUUAAUUGGGAAUACAUUGUACCAUAUCGUACCAUCAAUUCUUAUUUCUAUGCUCCAAACGGACAAGAAUAGCAUUAUGUGACAACCAUCAAAAUUUUAUCAGGUUCAUUUUAUGC